CUGUACACGGGUGUUGUCAUCACUGCCCUUUGCUCAAAGGAAAGUCAGACCCACUUUCCUCUGGCUGUCCUUGUUUCACGUCACGGUGUUCACUCUGGGACUCAACCUGACUGGAAAAUGUCUCGGGCUGCGGAGAGACUCAAAUUGCUGAUCAAUCAUCUUGAUCGACCACCCGCCGCUAUCAGAGCUGCCCCAGCUUCUGCUCAGACCUUCACCUACAGUCCACCACACAGACUGAGAUACACUUGUGAUACCAACCUCCUGACCCCAGCACAACGACUCUUCUAUGAGGGAAAUGGCUACAUCCUCAUCAAGAAUCUGGUGUCUGAAGAGGACAUCGAGAGAUUUAGAAAGGCGUUCGAACGGAUCUGUCGACAGGAAGUGAAGGUUCCUGGUCUGGUGGUGAUGAGGGACGUGGUGAUUGCUAAGUCAGAAUUUGUUGUGGAUCAGACAGCAGUCUCCAAACUCCAGGAUUACCAGGAAGAUCCUGAACUGUUCCGGUACUGCACCUUACCACAGAUUCUGAAGUAUGUGGAGUGUUUCACUGGACCCAACAUCAUGUCCAUGCACACUAUGCUGAUCAACAAACCUCCAGAUGCUGGUAAGAAGACGUCUCGUCACCCAAUGCAUCAGGAUCUGCAUUACUUCCCGUUCCGCCCAGCAGACAGGAUUGUCUGCUCUUGGACGGCAAUGGAGAAAGUGAACAGGCAGAACGGCUGCCUGGUCGUCCUGCCGGGGACACACACCGGCACACUGCAGGAGCAUGACUACCCUGAGUGGGAGGGCGGCGUAAACAAGAUGUACCAUGGACUGCGUGGCUACGACCCCAAGCUCCCCAGGGUGCAUCUGGAGAUGGAGAAGGGCGACACCGUCUUCUUCCAUCCGCUGCUGAUCCAUGGCUCUGGCAUGAACCAGACGCAGGGAUUCCGCAAGGCCAUCUCCUGCCACUAUGCCAGCUCUGACUGUUAUUACAUCAGUGUGAAGGGAACCACACAGGAAAACAUAGAGAAGGAGGUGAAGGACAUCGCAAACAGGAAGUACAGUUUGGACGAAGUUACCUUUGCGGACAUCUGGGCUUUCCGAGGCCGCCUUGUGCAAGGAGAGAGGAUUUCACUAUAAGACGUGCCACAGAAAACCUGCCACAUCGUUGCAGGGUGACGAACCACAGGGCCGAAAUGAGAGCAGAUUUAUAUGGCGAUUACAUAAGAAGCAACAGGGCGUAUUCUUAUCAUACAAUCACUAAUUUCCUUUAGUGAUAGAGGAAUGAUAAUUUUGUAGAUCACUUUAUUUGAUUGAUGCUUCAGAGUUUGUACCGACUGUUUACAUUUAGGAAAUGUAAUUUAGAGCAUGUUGUUCUAACAGAAAAUAUAAAGACAGGAAAUACUGUUUAAAUAGAAGUUGUCAGCUACCUCGUAACAGCCAGCGUGUGCAUCAUUGACCGUCUAUUUAAUUGUUUCAUUUACCAAAACUAUAACAGAAAGGGAUGUUAACGUGAUUCAUGGCAUGUUGAAGAAAAGUAAGUGUUGUGAGUGAUAGAGGUAGAGUGAGGUUGAGACAAAGUAAACUGAGAGAGAAUAAUGAAAUCAGUGUUGAUUGAAGCACUUAUUAAUUAUCACUAACAGAAGCCUUGACCUUAUACUGCCUUAUAAUUAUAUCAACGUGUUAAUGUUUGAUGACGAGUGAAUGGAUGUUUUUGUUUUCUAGAAUCUUCCUGUGACUGAUGUAAUGUUUUAAAAACAAUAAUAAUAAAAUGGCUGCUAUAUUAAUGAGA